GCCACCGGUCUGGCAUCAGUAUUCAGUAAAGCUAUCGAUUUGCGUUUUUCUUAAAAAAAAAAAAAGAAAUCAAUUUACUUACCUGCGAAGGAACCUCUUUGUCUCGUAAUUCCACGAUUACAUUGAAAGGUAAAAGGCCAGGAUCGUGUUCCAUUUCUUGAUCGGAAGCCUGCAUAUAUCGAUCGACCAACAACUGGAAGCAACUCCAUAUGAUCCCUCUUAACAGAAACCUCCCGUAACCUCAAAAGCGUAAAACGAACGAGUUUAAAGGAAAAAAGAGAACCAGGGUCGCGACAUGGUUGACCGCGGCGGCAGGGUUGGCGGCGUCUUCGGACCCGGCGAGGAAGGCGGCGGCAGGGUUGGCGGUGUUUACGGAUCCGGCGAGGAAGGCGGCGGCAAUAUUGGGGGUAUCUACAGAUCCGGAGCAAGAGGGGGCAGCAACAUCGGCAGCAUCUACACUUCCGACGCCAGAGGGGGUGGCAACGUUGGCGCCACCUAUGCACCUGGCGCCAGAGGAGGCGGCAAUAUAGGCGCCACCUACGCACCUGGCGCCGCAGGCGGCGGCAACAUCGGCGCCACCUAUGGACUGGGCCCGGCCGGCGGCGGAAACAUCGGAGCCACCUCUGGACCUUCCCCGGCCUGCGGCGGCAACGUUGGAGCCAUCUAUGGACCGGGUGUGGGCGGCAGCGGCGGUGGCAAUGUCGGCGCCGUCUAUGGGUACGGUGAGGGUACAGGAUUGAGCGGCAAUGUUGUCGCUAUCUAUGGACCCGGCGGCGAACAGGGCGGCACCGAACCUGGCGCAGGAGGGGGUAGCGGCUCCGGCGUCAUCGACAUACCUAUAACGGAUGCGCACCGCGGAACAGAAGCCGGCGGUGGCGGCGGCGGCGGCGGCGGCGACGUACCUAUAACGAGAGGGGGUGGCACCGACGAACCAGGCGCCCAAGGGGACAGUGGCGGUGGCGGCAUCAACAUACCAAUAACAGGAGGAGAACCCGGUACGGAAGGGGGCAGCCGCAUCAACAUAACUAUAACUGGAGGGGAACCCGGUACGGAAGGGGGCAGCAGCGGUGGCGGCAUCGACGUACCGGUAACGGGAGAGGGCGACCGCGAGGCAGGAGGGGGCAGCAACGUCGGCGGCGACUACAACGUUCGCGGCAAUAUAGGAGCCAUCUACGAACCUGGUGCGAGGAGCACCGGCGGCAACAUCAACGAAAUAUUCUUACCCGGCCCGGGCAGCCGCGGCAACGAUGGUAUCUGAUGUGACUGGAGACCAGAUGGUCGGUAAAGCUAAGAACUAUAGAUCAGUUAUAGGCCUAUUGUCUUGGUUCACAAAGGUUUGUGUGUGUGCCGUUGCUUUCCCCUUACUUUGCUUAUUGAACGAAUAAACAAGUGCUUCUCUUAAAUGGGGGGUUUGUUUCUCCA